CUAGAUAUGUACAAACUUGGUCAAAAGGAAAAAAGAAUGUUAGAUCUGUCAAAGCCAAUCAUUUCAAAUUCUCAUACACUCAUUACUUUGCUUAGAUGGAAAGCAUCGGGGCUUGGAUCGCAUAUUCUAAAGCUGAAUUUGCUUGUGUCCCAGAAAAAGCAUUUAGUUUUGCCUUGUAGUACUAAUAGUUCAAUCAACCAACAGACUCAAAACCCAAGACAGUGACACUUCCCCACACUUUAAUGUUUCUUCCAACUUUAGUUCAGAUUCUCUUUUGAUUGACAUAUAAAUUGCCCUCCAUCUCUCUGUCUCAUAUCAAUUGUUUUUGAAUCAUUCUCUCUACUUUUGUCCUACGUUUCACAAAACCAUAUAGCUCUGUACCAUCAUUUCCUCUCAGCAGUAAUAAUGGAGAUUGUUGAGUUAAAAGUGGAGAUGGUUUGUAUACAUGAGAAAAGAUUAAGGAAAUGCCUCUCAAAAUUAAAAGGGAUAGAGAAGGUGGAAGUGGAUACUAAUUGUCAGAAGGUUGUAGUAACUGGAUAUACACACAAAAACAAAAUCCUAAAAGCUGUUAGGAGAGGGGGUCUCAAAGCUGAUUUCUGGUCUCCUCAGAAUGAGUUGCUUAAUGCUUAUGUCAGUGCCAAUUAUGCCAGAUUUAGAUUCAACCCCUUUAGUUUCUUCUAGUUUUUUUUUCAUCCCAAACCCACUGUGCCUUUUGGUGUUUGGCUUUCUCUUUGGGUUUUUGUAUCUGCUGCCUAGUGUGAGGUGAUAGAUAUAUACACUAGCAUUAUAUUCAUUAGCUUUCUCAUUUAUAGAAAUCAUAUGACAAAUCAGAAAAAUUGCAUGAGGAUAUUUCAGAUACAUAUAAUAGUGACAUAUCUUCCUGAACUUUGAGGCC